AUGCGAGAGCGAGUCACCUUUCUCCAGGGACCCAGCGCGGACGUUGAUCCCGCGGCGCUGCAAAUUGAGGCAGCAGGGCUCCUAGGUCCGUCGGCAGAGGCCAUACGCCAAGACCGAUUCUCCCUUUCCCUGGACGAACUGCCGCGGGAUCUCGCAACCCUGCUCGGGGCCUUCGAUGAGCUGCACCUGAAAUGGGCCAGCCCCGUUGCAUACGAGACUCUUGAUCCGUUUGGCUCGAGAAUAUCGCCAGGUCUUCAUGUCCUCUACACCACAGCCGAGAACGAUGGGGUCAAAGCGACGAAGCUGUGCUCUGCCCUGCAAGCAUUCGGUUCGUUGGACUGCACGAAGCCAGAGGCCUUUACUGUCACGACAACUGAACCGGGAUCUGACAAAAAGUCAUCGUACUUUUAUCAAGAGCUUAACGAUCUAUCUGCUUUCGUUGCGUCCAGCGUUGGGACACUAUGCUCAUCGUCGGACGCCACGUGCGAGUCCCGAUUGCGCAACUUGCGCACGGCUUCCAGUCUCGACAUCUCGUAUGAGUCUGGCUCGCAAACUCUCAAAGUGACGCCAUUGUGGCCCCUCGAGCGACGUGAGAUUGCCGUGCCCCGUUCAUCAGGGAGAACAGAAGUGGGCAUAUUCGCCCAGGACACUCCACACAAAGCUGAGAUGCACGAGCUUGGUGUAGCCGGCCUGCUCAGCGUUCUUGGCGAGAAAAAGGACCCGUCUGCUACCGUGUUCUCGUUCCCCUCUCGCCACAGAACGAGCGACUCUCAUUUCAGCUGCGAGUUUCUCGAGCCAGCAGGCCUGCACCCGACCUUGCAGCUCAAGCUCAGUUCCGCCAAGCUACCACUUGACGACGCUGGGUGUGCCCCGUACGCCUACUUCACCCUGCCCAAGACCAUCUUCGCCGACCGGUACCAGUACGAAGACAGCCUCUUUUUGGCCUCAAAGAACUUGACGGCCUCUCGCUACACGAGCUUUCCCGUGGAUCUGGAGGCGCCUGCGUAUACCACGACAACCUGGGGCUCCAGUGUGCUCCUCGAGCUGGCGCCACCCGCGUCGGGUCAGCCGGGGGAUUGGACGGCCGAGGUGCCGCUCCAUCUUCGCUACCUCAAGCCCUCUGCAAGCGGGAGAGUUCCAGUCGAAGUUCCGUACCCGGCCGUAUUCUGGGCAUGCGACAUGGCAGGCGAGGUGGACUUUCCGACCAACCCGUUCGAUCGGCGUCAACUAGGAUACGACGGCUUGUUCAGUUCUCAGACAAGCUUUUGGCACGUCGCGCCGAAGCCCGUCAGCGGCAACCGCAUCACGAGUGCCUUGUAUGUCCCGGUGCUCAGGGACGAGGGCGCGGCGUGGAUUCGACUGGGAACAACCGUUGCCGUCGGGCUCGGGUUUGCAUGGGUGCUGUGGAAACUGCUUGGUGUUUACAGGGUCGCAGGCUACGGCAGCGUGGCUGCUGAAGCUGCGCGCAAGGACAAGAAGACGAGGUGA